AUGUGUUGGAAGGGUUCAUCUUUGAUGUGUGUCAAGUGUCUAUUGUUGUGUUUGAAUGUCAUAUUUAUACUUGUUGGGCUAUCGUCUAUCGUAAUAGCCUGUUGGGCCUUAUUUUGGCCUCAAAUAUUUUUGGAUAUUAUGGGACCUCAUUUGUUAAGAAUAUCAGCAUAUUCAACUAUAUCCAUUGGAGGAGUUAUUUUGCUACUCUCAAUUUUAGGAUGCGCAGGUGCUGCACUUGAAAAUCGCUGUAUUUUGGUUACGUUCUUCACAUUACUUUGUGGCUUGUUCAUGGCUUGUCUAGUUAUUGGAACUCUAACAACUGUUUUCAGAAGAGACUUAAUUAUACUCAUGGUUAAUCGGAUGAGUGUUGCCGUGCAACAAGAUUAUGGAAAUUCAGACUUCUGGACAGAGCUACUCGACCUUCUUCAGUCAAGGUUGAAAUGUUGUGCUGUUGAAGAUAAUCAGGCAGAUUUAUAUCUUCGUUCUGUUUGGUAUUCACGUCAAAUACAUCAAUCCUCAGUAUUUGGAACAAAUUCAAUACGUUUAUUAUCUCAAGAAUAUGAUAAUAAUUUAGGAAUACCAAGUGUGGUAAAUGUUCCUGUAUCAUGUUGUGUAUAUUCAUUGGAAACUAAAGAAUUUUCAAAUCGUACCGCUUGUCAAAUUGGUUCUUUAAAAUCUAAUUUAAAUCCAUAUCUCAAUCCUCAUGGUUGUGCAAAUGUGAUUAUUGCCCUGCUGUAUCAGUAUUUCAUUCCAUUAAUUAUAAUGGUUGUUAUAUUGGCCGUAUUAAUGAUGGCUGGUUUAAUAUUAGGCUUAUUACUAUUAAGAAGUUUUUCAGUGGAUGAUUAUCCAGAGAUUAAUCUACGUGAAAAUGUAUGA